AUGGCCAUCCCUAACAGGGGCCCUGAGCUUCAGGCUGUGUGUUACACACUGCUUAUUGCUUCUGUGAUAGCACUUGGGUUACGUGUCUAUGUUCGACUACGCAUAGUCAAGAACUUUGGCUUUGAUGAUUGGUGCAUGUGCUGUGCUCUCGUCACAUUUUUCCUAUUCUGCUUUUCUGCUCUUAUGGGAGUCCACUAUGGAACCGGCCGUCACCGCGAAAAUCUCGACCCAAACGACUUUAAGGAAGCGAUGAAGUAUUGGUGGUGGUGCUAUCUAUGGUACUGUCUCACCAUGAUAGCCUCGAAAAUAUCCAUCGGUUACCUGCUCCUCCGAAUCACCAACCGAAAGCUCGACGUUUGGAUCAUCUACAGCGUCAUGGCCAUCACCGUCUGCACCGGCGUUGUCUUUUUCUUCGUCACACUCUUCCAAUGCUCGCCCAUCUCUUUCUUCUGGAACAAAGACCAGCCCGGAACAUGCGUCAAGCCCGAAGUCAUCAUGGCCCUUACAUACCUAUACAGUGUUUUCAGCGUCAUCUCGGAUUUCACCUGCGCUAUCCUGCCAAUGUUCUUGGUGGCUAAGCUCAACAUGGGAAGAAAGACAAAACUCGCUCUGAUUCCCAUCAUGGCUAUGGCCUGCGUUGCAAGCUCAGCCGUCGUCGUCCGUUUCGCCUUCGUUAAGGAUUUCAAGAACCCAGACUUCCUAUGGGCAACAAUCGACAUCGCCAUCUGGUCCACGACAGAACAAGGCCUCGCCAUCACCGCCGGCUCUUUGGCAACGCUGAGGCCUUUGCUUCGAUUACUCGGCCACAAGCUUGGCAUAACGACAUCGGGACGGUCUGAGUUACGCGACACAGAUCAGCACAUGGGAUCAGGAGGUUUCAGGCCCGCGGGGGGUACCAACGGCAGCGGCAAUAAGCAGCGCGAUCUUUUCAGCCUCGCCACAUUCGCACGGGAGGACGACCUGGACGGCCACGGGCGAGACGGCCAGACAGCUUACACUGGGGAGCACCAUUACGACGGUAGAUCGUCGGCCGAGAAGGGUGUUUCGGCGUGGAGCGUGCGCAGGGCCGCGGAUAACGACAGCGAAGAGGAGUUGACAGGGACGGGCUUGAGUGGUACUUCAAGAGCUGUCAAGGUGACGACCACGUUCCAGGUACAGGAGGAUAGGAUUUGA